AAUUUGCAGUCAAGUUGAUGUAGACGCCCUUAACAACAACUGCAGAGUGAGAGCUUCUUUCCAUUGUGUGCUUCAAGUUUACACACUGAAGAGUAUUUAAAAAUCACACUUUUGGGAGAAAUGGUUUCCAUCACAACUGAAAAUGUUACACAACUGUACAACAUGACCACCCAGGAGCUCACAGUCAGUCCAGCAGAUUUCCAAAAUAAUUCAGGAGUGGAUCAGAUAAAUCCAUACAAAUGUGUUAAUGAAGAUGUAGAGAGAUGGCUACAAGAAUAUCAGCCUGGAUUCCUCUGGUUUAUAUUUGUUCUGGGAGCAAUAGAAAAUUCCUUUGUCCUCACUGUCCUGUGUUUCCACAAGAGUAGCUGUACAGUGGCUGAAAUUUACCUAGCAAACAUGGCACUUGCUGACCUAAUGUUGGUCUGUGUUUUACCUUUCUGGGCCAUUAAUAUUUCUAAUGGAUUUGAAUGGCCUUUUGGCCUGUUUCUCUGCAAAGCUGUCAACAGUAUGAGUUACAUGAAUUUUUAUUCUAGCAUUUAUUUCCUGACACUAGUGAGCAUUGACCGCUACUUGGCCUUGGUGAAAACCAUGUCCCUGGGACGGAUGCGACGAACCGUCUGUGCCAAAUGGAAUAGCUUUGUAAUCUGGACAUGUGCUUUGCUCAUGUGUUCACCUACAAUGGCGUUUCGAAAGUUACAGUAUUUUGAAGAAUACAAUAUCACAGCCUGUGCUCUUAUUUACCCAGCCAACUACUGGGAGCCUACAAACAACUGCUUGCUGAAUAUUGUGGGUUUCAUGAUCCCACUCUGUGUAAUUACCUAUUGCACUAUACAAAUCAUCAAAGCCUUACGCAGCAGUGAGCUACAAAAAAUGAAGGCAGUCCAGACAGAGAGAAGAGCCACCAUGCUGGUCCUUACUGUGCUCUUGCUGUUCAUCAUUUGCUGGCUUCCAUUUCAGAUCAGCACAUUCAUUGACACAAUCCGCUACUUCUCACCCACGCUCAAAUGCCUGGAAGACAUCAAUGAAAUACUGACUCAGAUAGCUGUUUACUGUGCCUUUAGCAACAGCUGCCUGAACCCAAUCCUGUAUGUAAUUGUGGGGAAGCACUUCCAGAAGAAGGCUGCAGAAUUCUACAAGGGCUUGCUCCCAAAGAGGUUCAGAAAAUCACAGUCUGUGCGGAUGGAAAACUCCCUGGACACUUUAAGAACUUCCAUUUCAAGUGAAUACCCAAGGAAAAAGUCUGUUUUGCCAUUACCUCGAUAG